CAGCGAAUCAACAAAUCGGCAGUUUCGACUUCUAGAGCUAAUAUUAGAAAGAAGUAAGGGUUGACUCCAAAAGGGAAUCAAAAGGAUUUAAAAUUGUAGAAUGUCUUCGACAACCAGCUCUUGGAUUUGCAAUGAAUUGUCUAGGCUUUUGGAAUUUGUCGUAACACAAGAAGAGUAUCAAGAUAUUGCUCAGUACUUGAUGUCGAUGGAGAAUAGCCGCGAUGUAGAAGAUUAUUUACAGUCAAUGCUCGAUCUUUCCAAACCAGAACACAGAAAAUUCGUUGAAGUUCUAUUGAAUCGUUUGGGUCAUUCCAUCGAAAAGCCUUCUGGUAAGGGACAAAAUAAAACAGGAUUACCAGGUAAACAGGGUACCAAGCCACAACAGGAAGUUCCCAGCACACAGCAGCCAAAGAAAAGGGUGAAACAAAUCAAUUUGUUUUCAAAAGAAGGGCAGGCAAAAGAAAUAAUGACACUACCGGGACAGCACAAAUGUGAAUGCCAGGCCUCAAAGCAUAGUCUAAUAAGGAACUGCUUAGAAUGUGGCAGAGUGAUUUGUUCCCAGGAAGGACCUGGGCCUUGCAUAUUCUGCACCGAGAAUAUGCCUUCCAAUGAAAAGGAAACAUUCCCUCAAACCAAUAAGCCCGCUCCGCAACGUACAAAGCAAUCCGGAAAAGGAUUUUUGGAUGGCACUGCUCCACUUCCAGAUAAGGCAUUCACAACAGCUAUGGCCCAUAAAGAGAAACUUUUGGAAUUUGAUAGGACUAGUGAACACCGAACUCGCGUAAUCGAUGAUGAAUCCGAUUACUUUAAUGCCGAUGGCAACAAGUGGUUGAAUCCAAAACAGCGGGAUGCCCUUAGAGCCAAAGAACGGGAAUUGCGAGAAAGUCGUCACGGAUCUAGGAGAGGGAUGAAAGUUACCCUUGAUUUUGCAGGUCGUCAAGUAAUAGAAGAACAAAGUUCGUAUGAUGAGCUGUUUGAGGAGCAACAAUUUGAAGAAGAACGAAAGGAAUACUAUGAUGAGUAUGCCGUAAAUCCCGCAUUGGCAUUCCCUCGACCCAUUUACGAUACUGUCAUGGAUAAUUCAUCUGCUCAACCCAAUCGAGCGACGGUAAGCAAGAACGACGAAAAAGUCCGAGUUCAGGAUGCCGAACUGCAGAAAAUGAGCGAUCCUGGAAAGUGCCUUAGCAUGCAUCAGCCUUAUGCCUCUCUUUUGGUUGCUGGUAUCAAAAAACAUGAAGGUCGGACAUGGUAUUCAUCCCAUCGUGGAAGACUGUGGAUCGCCUCAACUGUGAAAGAGCCAUUACCCGAGGAAAUAAAACAACUGGAAAGUUUCUACAAGAAUCUUUAUGGGAAAAAUGAUUUGACUUUCCCACAAAAUUAUCCAAUCGGGUGUUUGUUGGGUUGCGUUGAAGUGGUGGACGUUCUGCCGCAAGAAGAGUAUAGGGUGCAACACCCUCACGGAGAGAGCGAGUCACCUUACGUCUUUGUUUGCGAAAAUCCCCACGAGCUGUUCGUUAAAUUUCCCAACAAAGGGCAGCACAAAAUUUAUAAGCUAGACCCGGCAGUUCAUCAAACGGCAAAAAAAUCGCUGCGAUUUUGAUCUGGGACGAGCCUAUCCAACCCAAAAAGACCAUGAUAAUCUUGUUUCUACAAAAUUUCCUAUGUGAAAUAGAAUUGCUUUUGGAA